AUGACGUGUUUCGCCAAGGCUAGUACACACGUACUCUUGGCCACGGCCUUGAUUGAUGUAGAGGCGAGAACUGGAUCUUUGAUUUGUUUAAGAUCCCUGUUAGACCAGGGGUCUCAGGCUUCGUUCAUUACGGAGUCCGCGGUCCAGUUAUUGGGAUUAAAAAGACAUCCCAUCAAAACUGUAAUCUCAGGUCUGGGCGGUGACCCCCAAGCGUCAUUGGCCUGUAAGUUCAUGGUAACCAUGAAAAUUCAGUCCCGUCACGACCCCAGUUUUGUCAUCUCUGUCAAGGCGUAUGUUAUGAACAAAGUGACGUCUCUCUUGCCUGAUAGGAAGAUUGUCGUCCCGAUGUUGCCUUCAUUAUCUUGUGAGGUUUUAGCUGACCCUUCGUUUGGCACACCCAACAAAAUCGAUGUUCUGUUAGGUGCCGAAGUCUACAGCCAAAUUCUGUUGCAAGGGUUGAUUAGGGGUCCGCCGGGCUACCCUCUUGCACAGAAUACUAGAUUUGGUUGGAUCCUUUCUGGUGAAGUUGAAGAAAGAGGCAGCCAAUCGGAAACAUGUCACAACGUUAUUGUUAGCUUGCACUCAGCUCAUUCAAAUGAGAGUGAGCUCUUACGGAAGUUCUGGGAGUUGGAGUCCGACCAUUAUGAUGUUGAGAAAACAUAUCUGACGGAAGAAGAGCAGUUGUGUGAAAGAUUGUUCACGGAAACGACGCGUAGAGACGAAUCUGGUCGUUACGUGGUUAGGUUGCCCUUUCGCACACCGGAUCCAAAAUGCAAAUAUGGUGACUCGAAACAAAUUGCCCAGAAAAGGUUUCUUAUUUUAGAAAAGCGGUUUUUACGAGACCCUGAGAUGAAGAAAGAAUAUGUCAAGGUCAUCAAUGAAUACUUGGACCUUGGCCACAUGGAGAAGGUCGAUGAUAAAGACACGACUGAUGCGGUGUAUUUACCACAUCACGCAGUAGUGCGAAAUGACAAGCUUACCACCAAGGUGAGAGUUGUUUUCGAUGCGUCGUGUCCGGGAACAAAUGGAGCGUCGUUGAAUCAGGAUCUUUUGGUCGGUCCAGCUCUCCAACCAGAGUUGCGUCAGAUCCUGAUGAAUUGGCGUCAGUUUCCAAUAUGCCUCGUUGCAGACAUCGUUAAGAUGUACAGACAAGUCAAGGUGUCUGAGACGGAUGUUGAUUUUCGACGAAUCAUAUGGCGCGAAAAUCCAGAAGACAAGUUGCAGCAUUUAAUCUUGCAGUUGGUACUCAUCCAUUCCAUAUUAAAAGGUGGCAGAGUCACCGAUAUAUGGAUCGCUUGCGACGCUUCACUCAACUCGGCGCAGAGCCUUGUUUGUCACGUAACUUUGUUCCGCUCGGAACAAACUCAAUAUACUUAUCACUCAUGGUGA